UUUACAAACAUACGAUUAACCAAUGAAACGGUCAAAAAUUGAUUUCCGGUUUGUGACAUCAGUACAGUAGUCUUGCACUAACUAAUAACUAGUUUUACAUCGGAUCGAAGUGAAAAACAACAGACAAUAUGGAUGAUACACUUUUUCAACUAAAGUUCACCACUAAGCAGCUUGAACGCCUGUCAAGCAAAGCAGAGAAAGACCAGAAGAAAGAGCAAGCCAAAGUAAAAAAGGCAAUACAGCAGAAAAACAUAGAAGGAGCUAGGAUUUAUGCAGAGAAUGCCAUUCGAAAGAAGAAUGAAUCUCUCAACUACCUCCGGUUUGCAGCAAGAAUUGAUGCGGUUGCUUCCAAAGUUCAAACUGCUGUUACGAUGAAGGGGAUCACUAAGAAUAUUGGCGCUGUGACAAAAGCCUUAGAUAAAGCCAUGAGCUCAAUGGACCUCGAAAAGGUCGGACAAAUUAUGGAGAAAUUUGAAAAACAGUUUGAAGAUUUGGAUGUGAGAACAAAUACUUUAGAAAGCGCAAUGGGAACAGCAACAACGUUAUCGACCCCACAAGAUCAGGUUGAAGCGUUGAUUCAUGAAGUUGCUGAGGAGAACGGUCUUGAAGUCAUGGACCAACUCACCGACCUCAAUCCAGCCUCAUCCACACUCAAGGAGACUACAGAAGCUAAACGGGAAGACGACCUUUCACGGCGGUUGCAGGCUCUUCGAAAUUGAAGAUUUUCAACUGUGAUAUCAUAGACUGUACAUAUUUCAUUACUUGCUAUAUAUAUAUAUGAGUGUUAUUGGAUACAAGUUUCUGCGAAACCUCCAGCUGCCAUCUUAAGAACAUUAAUUAUCCUGUUUACGAUACACAACAGUUUGGAAAUCAUUCAGAAACUGUCAUGUACCUAGUUUGGUUUAAAAGAAUUAUUCAAGAAAAAACUACAAAGAUUGUACCUGUACCAAUAGAUUGGGAAAGUUUUGCCCAAGCAGGGCUCAAAUUCACUAACAUUUAGAAUCACAGUUUGAUACUCAGACACAGAAAAGUAAAUUCUUAAAUGUUACAGAAUACCUUUAAUAUUGUUAUCUUUGAAGAUGCACUCUUACUCCCAAGUAAAAUUUACCACAAUUAAUACAGUUGUUGUAAUAUACAAAAAAGGAAGACUAAAUGUUGAAUAUAAUGGUUUAUAAAGGAUAUCGAGUUUAAUUUGAAAGAAAAGUGCAUAGAACACUGUAAUUCAACCUUAUGAGACAAUAUAAUUUUUUUAGCACCCACCAAUCAUUAAAUAUUUUUGCUUUUAAAUUCACAGUUACAAUAUUGUUAUCAGUAAUUAAUAUUUUCCAUAAAUGCCUAACUCCAUAAGUAGUUAAAGGUUGAUCAGUCAAAAAUUAUGAUUGUUUACUACGUGUAUGUGUUGAUUUUGAAUAAGAGUGUCACUUAAAGCAUUUGGAAAAGAUGUUCUUGAUAACAUAUUCGACAAUAUCCACAAUCAAUUUCUUCAUAUAGAAAAUUUUGAUAUGAAAUGAAGAUGUACAGUAUCAAGUUACAGACGCGAGAUGUUGGUGAAUAUACUUAUAGGCCCUGAUUGUUCUGGAACAUGGAGGAUGAUAAAUAUGCAGUAGAUUGUCCGAUGUCCACUUUUAGAGAUCUUUUGGUUUUGGCCAAUUUCAGGAGGUCUAAAAAAUGUAACACAAUCACUCAAUCAUCAAAAAUUAAUUAAAGUUAAAUUGAAAAUUAUGCUAGGUUUUAUAUAUGACAUUUAAAAAAAAAAAGAAAAGCCUUCCAGAAAUGAAAAACGUAUAAUUAUGUUGUAUGAAAUCUUUAUCUUGUAUGACUUGACCAAUUCUUCUCGUACUAAGUAGUUGUGAAAAAUCAUAGACAGGACAUUUCCAAAACAACCAUUACCAAAAAAACAAAAUCUAGUGCAUCAUGAGACCCGAGUACUGUAACGGAGUGCUUAGGACAUGCUGAUGACUUUUAUUCAUGUUUUGCUCAUAAAUUGAUAUACGGUACCAGGUACCAGUAUUUGAUUGCUCUGUUAAACAUGCUCUAUAGAUCUUCGAUUGUCUCCCUGAGAGAAAGCUUAGGUAACAUGUUGACAGAAAUUUGACUGUUCACAUACUCAUGGUAUGUGAAAGUAAGGUCAUUUCGUUUCUUGUUUUCAUAUGCUUCUGUUAGUCUGAUUGUGUUUAUGCUAUUUUACCAUGUUAAAAAACAAGUGUUUUUCUGUACCCAUAAUGUUUAAUAUGGUGAAAAAAUGCAAUAAAAAACAUCCUACUAAU